CAUCAAUCGAGAAGCAGGCAAAUCAACACCGCGAACUGCACCACAACACGGACCUUGUUGAUGUGAAGCAAAGCUCAAGCAAGCAAGCAAAGAAAAGCAAGCGUUCAUCACAUCAUCCGUGCUGUCACUGGCUCACUGGCCACCGUGUCGCAUCCUUUGCUCUUGUCUGUCUCGAGUCUCUCCUCACGGCGCUGGAUUUUGAGCUUGACGGCAAGACGGCGAACGGCGACCGCUCGGUUUGGCGCCUGCUGUCCACGUGGGCGUCUGCCUUGACAUCUGCAGCACCUCCCUUCUCAGCUGGCCCGCAACCCGAAGAAGGAGAAGGUGCGGAAGGACGCCAUCUUCAGCAAGAUCAGCCCCGCAUGAUUCCUCAAGAUGAUGGUGCGACUGUGAGCCCGGCUCAUGCAACCACCACCGCCCAGCCGCAAUCCUCUUCGACAGCAGCAGCACCAUAUGCUCCACCCCACGCAACAGCACCACAAGCAGCAGCGCCGCCGUCGACAACAAUAGCAGCAUCACCGACAGCAGCAGCAGCAGUUGCUGGACCCCCACCCUCCUCGUCCACGUCGUUUCCGUCCUCACCGCGACAGCAAGCACGCAGCAGCGUCUACGACACACUUGUCGUCUCAUAUCCCCAGCGAUCCCCGCCCCAGCAGCACUUGCUGGGCACCAUGCAGAUGCAACGCCACCAGCAGCAGCACGACCUGCAACAACAACAACAACAACAACAACAACAGCAACAGCAACAACAACAGCAACAGCAGCAACAGCAGCGCCUUGCCAUGGCACACCCACCAAACGCGACCUAUCAUCAACACCCAGCAGGUGCACGCGCGCAUGUGCUACCCCACCAGCAUUGUCCGCCGCCGCAACUACAGUACCAGCAUCAACAGCAACAGUACCAGCACGAUCAGCCACAACAGGCCCUUCCUCAAGCAUCUCAGCCCACAGUCAUGCUCCCACAACGACAUCACUACUCCCCAUAUGCACCGCAGCCCGUCUACCAGCCACAGCAGCAGCAGCAACAACAACUGAAAGCACAAUAUGCUCACUAUCAACAGCACCCACAACACCAAGCACAGCGGCAACACCACCAGCACCCACAGCAGCAAUCACAACAGCCUCAGCAUGCAUUUGCCAUGGCUGGCGUGCCCACCCUUACCACUUCCUCCAUCGCUCAUCCCAGCGCGCCGCCGCCCGCACAUUCGGCAGCACCACCGCGCCUGCAGCCAUCGCCACGCACUGCGCCAGCGUCCAUGCCUCCCUCCACAUACGCGCCAUCACAACCACCACAGCAACAGCAAGCAAUUGCACAACAACCAGCACCAGCACAGCGACACAUGCCAGCACAACAGCAGCCCUCACAACAGCAGCAGCAACAGCAGCCCUCACAACAGCAGCAGCAACAGCAGCCACAACAGCUGUCACAGCGCGGGGUGAUGUCGACAGAUGGCGACGCCUCAGAUACAGGCGCGGUUGCUGCUGCUCUGAUGCCUGACGCGCCGGCGCACAUGACGGGUAUUGCUGCGGAGCUGGGCCUGGUCGCCCUCGCAUCCGCCCUUCUCAACGUCAACGCACGCACACAGCAGUCACAGUCGCAGUCGCAGUCGGAGUUGUCGGGACAGGCUGGGCAGGGACCAGGGUCGGGCGAACUGGCAGCGCUGCUGGACCUGCUGUUGCAGUCGCCAGCACCGCCGCCAGUGGCAAGCGGCACUGCGGGCCACGCCAUGACACCGAUUGCCGUUUGCGGCAGCACGGCACUUCCCAAUGCUGCUCGUACCACAGCCACGGCAGCAGGCAUCAGCUCGUCGCCCGCCACAGCCACCACUAACGCCACCACUAACGCCACCACUAACGCCACCACUACUGCUGCAACGAAGCCCGCAAUGCACGCUUCGGCCGAGCCCAGUGCGCGCACGCGGCGCAGCAGCCGAGGCAGGAAGACGGCAGCAGGAGUAACGCCACCAGCAGCACCAGCAUCAUCAGCGUCACCAGCAGCAUCGGCAUCGACCACAGCAGCAGCAGCAGCAGCAGCAGCAGCAGCAGCAGCCGAAGGCAAGGCUGCCACGUCUACACCAGCAGCGACUACACAGCCAAGCGGUGCAGCCGCAAAGAGGAAUCGUCCUAGCAAAGUGUGCGUGCACGGCAAGCUGCCGACGACACCGGCCACGCUGUCGGCCCUGGGGGAGGUCGGUGCACUGCGGGAGGAGGCGAUGUGGACUGUGGGCAAUGCACAGACGCUCUCGGACCAGGUGACGGCCACACACGCAGCCGUCGCCGGACUGUCUCUGCAAGUGUGCCGCAUAUGCGCCAGCAACGUGCAGUACAGCGAGUACCUUGCGCGGGUCGACCCAGCACUGCUGGAGCGUGUGCAGCAGCAGCUGGAAGCGGAGGCACGCCAACCUGCUGAUGGCGGCGGUGGUGAUGAGGAGGAGGCCGGCGGGGUCAAAGCUGAACGUGAGGAAGAAGGGGAAGAAGAGGAAGAAGAGGAAGAAGGGGAGGAAGGAGCAGUAGCGACGAACGGCGAGAAAGAAGCAGAAAAGAAGAAGAAGAAGAGUAAGAAGAUACAGAUGAAGAAGGCGCUGAAGAAGAAGAAGGGGCAAGCAAAGCGGCGCGCAAGUGCACGGGAGAGCGGUGAGAUGAAGGGGAAACGCGCUCGACACGCACACAAACGGGAAGCGGGCGAAGAGGAAGAGGAGUUGGAAGAAGAUGACAGUCAGCAGGAGGAACAACAAGCAGCCGAAGAGGAACAAGAAGAAGAAGAAGAAGAAGAGGAAGAAGAAGAUGCGCUUGCCAAGCUGACCCCCGUGGAGCGGUCCUUGGCGCUGGUGUCGCGUGCGUCGUCAGCACCUCAGCCGGUUGUGCUCGAGCCGCCGCCGCACCCGAAUGCGCCCGAGAUUCGGCGGCAGGGGCGACCACGCAAGCAGCCCGAUGUCGUGUACACCACGCGCCUCUACGAGACCAUCGCUCGCCCGCCCGCCACCACACACGAUGGCGAUGAUGGCGAUGGUUUUGGUGAUGGUGGUGGUGAUGGUGAUGGUGGUGAGGGUGUUGAUGGUGAGAGUGAAGACGAGGGUGAGGGUGACGGUCACGUCAAGGCAGAGGACAAGCCGCCGAGGACUGCGGUGCGCGUGCCGCCUGUUGUUGAGUGUGCUGUGCUUGAUCCCAAUACGGGCAUGCCCGUCUACCACGAGGAGCACCCGCACGACACGGACCGCGACAGGAAGAAAUACGAGCGCAAGCGCGACGAGGACACGAGCGAUGAGCGGUUUCAACGGCGGCACGGCAAGCAGGAGUCGCUUGAGAGGCGCAACAACGCGUUUGGCGCCUACACCACACGCUUUGGCUACGAGCAGGCCCAACGCAAGCUUGCCCUCAGCCGGCACGGGCGCAGCAGGGCCCGGCGCAAACCCUCGGCAGCGCACCUCUCCUCAUUCUGGCCACAGGUUGAGGACCUGCGGACGCGCGAUGGGGAGUAUCCGACACUUCGUUUCGAAAAGCGGGAGAAACUUCCGCUUUACGCGUUUGGCGCCCUGGUGCCGCCCGUCAGCUCGCGGCCCUUCAGACUUUCUCUACGCAUGCUGGAAGCAGAAGAGAAGGAGUAA